AUGGAGCCUUCAAACUCGGAAAGAAAUCCAAAUGCGCCGCUGCGCCUGCUGUCACUGGAUGGAGGGGGUGUACGCGGCUUGUCGUCGCUGCUUGUGCUGCAAACCCUCAUGGAGAAUAUAGCUUUGGAAGAGAAGAGACUAGGGAGAAGAGCUAUGAACAAUCACGAGCCGCUGAAACCAUGUGACUACUUCGAUCUUAUUGGUGGCACAUCAACAGGCGGCAUCAUAGCCAUUAUGCUCUCGCGGUUACGGCUCGACUGCAAGCAGUGUAUAGAUGUGUACAGCAAGCUGGCCGAGCAGAUAUUCAAGCAUGACAGGUCUUUCAAAGCAUUUGGAAUGAAAAUACCUACAGGAGCGAGUCGAUUCUCCGGUGUUGUUCUGGCCAACGCUAUCAAGACAGCGCUCAAGGACUUGAAUUUUGACCCUGACGAACUCAUGUGGGAUGAAGCACUGUUUGAAGAGGUGGAUGAUGCGAACGAUUUGCCCAGAGACAGCAUCUGGGCUGAUGCUCUGCCUGAGAUGAUGGUGACAGAAAGUCCAGUGAAUACGAUGAAAAACUCGCAAUACUCACUGGAAUCGGGUCCAGCGGAUAGCAUCGACAGCUCAAAGGCUCCUUCGACAUUGUACAGUGAUAGCCCAUUCCAUCCUACCAUCAAGGCACCGGAGCGUAGGUCUACUUGGAAACUUCAUCACCGUCAAUCAGUGCACCGAAAAGCGAAUGCAAAGGGCUGCCGGGGUUUCGUACUCACAUCACUCAAGAACGCCCUCGGACUCCCCAGGAUUCUAUCUACAUAUGAUCCCAACGACCGAACAACCCGAAUUUGGGAAGCACUCCGCGCCACUUCAGCAGCCCCCACAUUCUUCGAAGAAAUGCAAUUCGGCACCCCCAAAGUCACCUACCUCGACGGCGGCGUCGGCUUCAACAACCCGUGCGCAGAAGUCGACUACGCCGCCAAAGCGCUCUGGGAAGGCCGCUCAAUCGGCGUCAUAGUUUCUGUCGGCACCGGUCUCCAAAGCAUCCCCAGCGUCAAGAAAAUGGCAUCCUGGCUCCCCUUCGGCCUCGGCACCGACAUCUCCAUCGCCAGCGCCCUCACCGGCAUGGCAACCUCCACAGCUCGCGUCGACAACGAAAUGAAGCGCAUGUACAACAACUCAGACACCCGCUACUACCGCUUCGACGUAGACCGUGGCCUCGCCGACGUCAGCCUCGAGCAAUGGAUGAAAGAAGACGAAAUGGCCUCUUUAACCGAACAAUAUAUGUCCGACACUCUCCAAAUUCGACUCGCCCGCGACUUUGGCGAACGCAUGGCCAAACUCUCCGCCCUACCCCCUCGCUUCGAAAUCGGCGCCACACAUUUCCGCCUCGGCAUCACCGGUCACGGCCUCCUCGACUCGUCGUUUUCCCUCCAACAAGUCGAUUUCAAAACGGGACUGCCGCUGGGUAUCGCACCGUUGCUUGACGAUGUUCCCCGCAUGUCUGCGUUCCGCACCACGUCGCCGUCGGGUGAAGGCGGCCUCGCUAUCGAUGCGACAACGGGUCGGUUGAAGAAAGUUUACCCUGUGGCGGAGGACUUGGACCAUGAUGGUCGGCGCGAAGAGGCGACUGUAUAUCAAUGCGUUCGCGCGGACAACGUCUGUCUCCGCACUAUCAAAACGGGGAUUCCGCAGGGCAAAUAUAAAGUCCAGUUUAUCGUUGCUUUCCACGAGCUUUCCGCCGGCACUGCAAACCCCAAAGACGUUGUCUUUAGCGUGGGUAAACCGUUUGAUGCACGUACUUUUAUAAAACGGUUUGUCGAUGUUAAGAUUACACCGGAUGUCGGGUCGGUGCUGUUGCAUCCUGAUGCCGUAAGGGUGAGGGUUGGAGGCAAGAGGUAUGCAGAGGGUAAAGGGAAGGGGUGGAUGGAGGUCGAGGGUGAUGUACCCGUUGAUGUGGGACUGGAUGGUUCGUUGGGGUUUAUUGUUAGUAAGAAAUUUGAGGAGGGGGUGUUUGUGGGUGGGUGGAGUUUUGGAGGUGUGAGGUUGGAGCCGGUGUUUGGGGAGGUGGGGAGGGUGGGGAGUCCGAGGGCUCCGUGA